GCCGUUGUUUUAGUCAAAUGUUUUAGUGGCUGUAUUUUACUUCUCUGCUCUAUGUGCCAUGAUCUUAUUAAGCGUUGUUACUGGCUUCUAUCGCUAGGGGGCUUCACGCUGUAAUGCGGAAUAGCUGGUGUAUAGCGCAGAUGAGAAAGCAGGACGCAGCAGUUCCUCGUUGAGCUGCAGAUCAAGCUACCUUGUGCAUAUGUGAAAGUUGCUGCGCACUGAUGACAUGUUUUCAAAGAAGACUAAAUCCGAAAAGCCAGAGAUCUUUCCUGUUGUGAUGUAUGGGGAAUUUACGUUGACGGGGAGCAGGAAGGUCCGCUGUUCCUUAAUACUGACUGAGACAGAGCUCACCAUUCAGAAGAUCAGCCCAGCACUAUGUGGGCGAGGAAAAGUUGUGUAUCACCUGAGUGACUGUGUCGGGUGCCGGGCGUACAGGUCUCAUGACAGCAUGGAUGUGGGAGCUUAUUUUUCUGCGUAUUUCUACCCACUGAGGACUCGAUGGAUGAGGUCUGGGUUGGCUCGGCAAAGGGUGGAGCAGUGCUUUCGGGUGGCGCCAGAUCAGGACACGAGUGUGAACCUGCAGGAGGCGCAAAGAUGGUCAAAAGCCAUCAGGGACAGAGUUCUACACCAAAGACAACAAAAAACAGGAGCAAUUCAAGUGGCAGUAAAGAGGCCUUUAAAGUUCCUGAUUUUGUUAAAUCCUCACAGUGGUAAAGGGCAUGCCAUGCUCUUUUCUGGGAAUGUGCAAUGCAUGCUACAGGAAGCUGAGAUACAACACACACUCAUCAUUACAGAACGCCAGAACCACGCACGUGAACUGGUGCGGGAGGCAGACUUGUCUCAGUGGGAUGCUUUGGUCAUUAUGUCAGGUGAUGGGCUACUAUUUGAGGUGGUAAAUGGGCUGAUGGAGCGUGAGGAUUGGGAAGAAGCUAUUCAGACUCCUCUGGGAGUGCUUCCAGGGGGCUCUGGAAAUGCACUGGCAGCCUCUAUACACCACUAUUCUGGGUUACAAGCUGUGUCCAGUGAGGAACUGUUGAUAAGUUGUGGCUUCAUCUUAUGUAAAGGCCUGGUGUCACGACUGGACCUCACAUCUGUCCACUUGGCCUCUAGUCAACGCUUGUUCUCCUUUCUGUCUCUGGCCUGGGGCUUUGUGGCUGAUGUAGACAUUGAAAGUGAGAAGUAUCGCCAUGUGGGAGCUGCCCGGUUUACAGUGGGAACCCUGGUUCGUCUGGCUUCACUAAGGGUGUAUAGGGGGAAACUGGCUUACUUACCCAUAGAGAACCCCAUGUCUCAACCUAGUCUGGUAGAUUCAACUGCAGCAUUUAGCAACAUAUUUCCUCAGUCUAACUCUGAUUACUGCUAUCCUUCAAAUGACUUACACCAAGUAAGUCAUUUGGAAAGUCACACUCUCCAAAAUUCCAGCAACUCCAACAAUACUCCCAAGUCAAAGCACUCCAUCCCAUCACCUUUGUCUGUACUUGGUCCUAGAGACUUCCUACUUAACCCCCUCAACCAACCGGUACCAGCACACUGGACAGUGGUUCAAGAUGAGAAUUUUGUUCUAGUUGUGGCCAUGUACCAGUCUCACCUUGCAGAAGAUAUGCUGGCUGCACCUGCUUCCAGACUCGAUGAUGGCAUAAUCCACUUGAUUUAUGUGAAGGCAGGAAUCUCUCGCAGAUCUCUCCUACGCCUAUUCCUAGCAAUGGAAAAAGGAGGCCAUCUUAACACAAACUGCCCCCAUGUCGUUUAUGUUAAAGUGAAGGCUCUGCGUCUUGAGCCAUACUCACCCAAUGGCAUCAUUACUGUGGAUGGAGAGCUGGUAGAUUAUGGACCAGUACAGGCACAAAUUCAUGGCACCCUGGCAAGACUCAUAGCUGGAUGACAAAACUGAUAUGGUGCUGGCAUUUUUUUUUUGUAUUAUGAAAGUAGAAGGGGACUAGGACUAUCAAGCUAUAAAAUAACAAAUAAAAGUAGCACAUCUGCUCUAUGGAUUGUAUCACAAGUGUUUUGAAGCCAUAUAAUAGGGUUUUUAAUUAAAUUUAAGUUAUUUACAGAAAAGAUUCCCCUGUGCCAUAGUUCUGAAAUCAAGGCACCACUGACAUUAAAACAUAUGGUCACAAAACUUUUUGCAUUUUUGAUGUCUAUAUGACACUAGUUAAUUUCUGAGUGUCAGUGGAAGAGCAAAUUAUCAUUGACAAAUAACAUUUUGCCUGUGCCUUACACAGUGCUAGCAUAUCCUAUACUUGUGUAUUUGGUCAUAUUUCAUAUUAGUCAUAUGAACUACUUUUAUGAUUAACUAUUGGUGGGUUUUCAUCAUUUUGGGAGCUUCAUAGACCCUACCCUCAUUCACAUACAUAAAAAAGCCUUUUGUGUUUCGCUGAUAAAAUCAUGUAGGUUUGCAACAACGUGAGCAUGAGUAAAUCAUUUUUGCAUAUAAUAUCUCCUAAACAAGUACCAACUGACUUACAGACACUGAGUGUAACAAGGAGUGUUAAAAGAUACUGAACAUCAUUAAGAAAAAUACAAGACUGAUUUACAGUAACUAACAAUAUAUCAGCAUAAAGAGGAAUCAUUAAGUAGAAGCAUCCCUGCUGUUAGGCCUUGCUUAUGAUUUUCCUGAGAGACUCAGCUGUCAGUACCUUAUCCACAUGUGUAUAUGGAAGGUUACUUAGAUUUUAAAGCUGCACAAGUGAUCUAGUCUGGGUCUUUAGUAUAAAAGAAAUUUUAACUUCAGCAGGCUGCUAGACUUUGUUUGUUUGUUUCUUUUUGCACAUUUACUGUACUGAUCAAUUAUUGAUCAAAGGUGAAGCAUUACCGUAAUGCACCUUACCAAGAUGUACUGUAUGCUUUGGAGAAAUACAACAAAUCUCUCUAUAUAUAUUUUUGGAAACAAAUAUUAUAUAGUUCAGCAUUGUUGAGUAAUGAUUGUGUAUGUAGAUUACAGAUAUUCAGUUUACAGUGUAAAAUUAACUAUGCAAACAAUUUAUUAAGAUGUCAGUUUUUUUUUUUAAUCUUUGAUGUGCCUUAAAGAAAUUAGAUCUUACAAUAGUGAACAUCACAAAAUUAUACUAAAAUACAUCUGAUUGUUGUACAUCAAGAUAUGAAUACAUUUAUUGAUAUCACUACAACAAUGGUAAACAGCAUGUUAGGGAUGUAUCAUAACAAUACUACUACCAAGUUAAAUUUGGUGCCAGGGGAGCUUUGCUGUUCAAAUCCAUGUUUCGGGAAUGAGUGGCUGAUUUUUUUCUGUGGUUUAAAUGUAUGUAUUUAAUAUUGUCAAGAAUAUUUUUUUUCCUCCACUCAUACCUUUUCUACUGUAAAGUCAAAGCCAAAA